CCUUCCCUCGCCAGUCGCCCACCAGCGCCGUCGCUGCCCCCCUGUCCUGACCACCGCCAGCCAGCCCAUCGGCUUCCUCGCUCUGUCCAUCUUCUGCUCCCUGCUAUCGCCCUGCCGCCCGAGCAGCGCUGCAUUCUUUUCUUGGUAGCGAUUGACCAUAUCCCGACCCCGUGCUCUCCGACAAGGCCCAAACCUACCCCAAGCCUCCUGCUUUCAAGCCCCUGCCCGCCCUACCACUCGAAUUUCUUUUGAACGGCGCAGCUCCGUUCAAAACACCUAACCUCCACUCGGCGCGAUGAACUGCAAAUGGGUUGGAAGGGCUGAAUACGACUACGACGCUCGAACAGAGGAGGAGCUCACCAUCCGCGAGGGUGACCUAUUGCUUGUCCUGGAUGACUCGGAUCCGGACUGGACGUCCGUCAAGGAGCUGCCCUUGGAUGCCUUCAAAGAGCCUCUGACGGGCUUAGUGCCCACGAGCUACAUCCAGGCGGCACCCGUCGUCGCCCAAGCAACAGCACUCUACGACUACACCGCCCUAACCGAUGAUGAACUGACCUUUGCCGAGAACGCUCGCCUGGACAUCAUCUGGAAGCUGGACGAAGACUGGUGGCUGGCCAAGUCGGCUGAUGGCAUCGGCUUGGUGCCCUUUUCCUACGUCCAUGAGGACGGAGUCGAGAUGGUGCAAGAUGAGGCUCCCCACGAAGAAAUGUCUGCCCCGGAACAAGACGAUACCACCCACGCACCGGCUGCCCUUGAUCAAAAGAAUCAGCUCCUGAGUGCCUUGGACGGACUCGGCUUCUCAAGCGCCGCAAAGCCCAGGCCCGCCAAGCCCGCCAGCGAAUAUGCGCCCGCAGGUGUCAAACUGUUCUCCGUAACGGAAAUUGACAAGAAGAAGAAGAAGAACAGCCGAAAGGGGCGCAUGGGCAUCAGCGACGACUAUGUUGUAUACUUCACAUCCGAGACUGAGACCGUUAUCGCCAAGUGGGAAUUCAGCCAGGUUCGCAAGUUUACCGAUAAGAAGAAAAAAGUCAUCAUCGAGUUCAGCGACGGCGUUCGCGAGUACGAGGGCGAAAAGCCUGAUAUCCAGAGUCUUGUGGCGAGAUUGGAGGAGAUCAAAACUCGGAGCAAGAUCUCGGCUCCGAUUCUUUCUGGCCCUCCUCCAACGUUCUCAGGAGCCCCAGUACCACAAGCCGCACCCAGUCCUGUUGUGGCAGCACCAGUGCCUCCGCCUAUAGCCCCGGGGCCAUCGCCCGCCUCUCGACCGACUGCACCAGUCAUUACGCCCUCUCCGGCUGCGUUGCAAAAGUCAUCUGCUCCUCCAAAGAUUGCCGUUGCUCUAUACGACUACGAUGCCCAGACGGACGAAGAGCUCUCGAUUCGAGAAAACGAUAAUUUGAUGGUCUCCGACGACUCGGACUCUGACUGGUGGAAGGUUCGGCUCGUGGCCAAGGGCCGAAGCGGCGAGGGCCUCGUGCCUGCAACAUACGUGCAGCUCAAACAGCGUCUGGAUGAGGAGCAAGCAUCGGCCACGGCUUCUCCAUCUCCCGCAAUAGUUUCAGCUGCCGCUCCGGUGGCCCUUCCUCCCCGGAUCUCUGUGCCUGAGCGCCCGGCUUACCGGCCGAGCCUGGACCAAGAACCCGAGCGCUUGGACAGCAUGCGGCGCCAAGACCAAGCCAACGAGCCAAUUUCUCUGCCGCAGCGCGUCCCUAUCUUGCCUUCGAGGCCUCCUCCAGCGGCCCCGUUGGUGCCCCAGCGCCCGAACAUUGAUCUUCCUCCGACAAUCCCUUCGCGUCCUUCCCUGAACGAACCCCCAGCCCUUCCCGGCCGACCGUCGCUGGAGGAGCGAGCACCACCGAUCCCGGGCCGUCCUGCCUUGGACUCAACCAAACGCGUCGCCUUUAACGAAGCCCCUCCUAUGCCCCGCCGCCCCGCCGAAGCCGCCACCGCCCACGGCGACAGUCCGCGCUCCAGCCAAACCAAGAACAAAAUCGCUCGCACCUGGACCGACCGAACAGGCUCCUUCCAGGUUGAGGCUGAGUACCUUGGAGUUGUCGAUGGCAAAGUACACUUGCUCAAAUCAAAUGGCGUCACGAUUGCUGUUGCUCUGGAUAAGCUCUCGGCCGACGAUUCCGAGUUUAUCCGCACUUUACCUGGAAACGAAUUCAUUCCGGCUCCCGCUCGAGCCACGGCCAGACCCACCGCUGGCCAGUACAUGGUCAACGGUUUUGACUGGAAGGAUUUCUUGAUCAAGGCCCAUUGUACUAUUCCAGACUCGGAAAAGUAUGCGCGCAUCUUUGUUGAGCAGAAGAUGGACAAAUCGGUCCUUCCUGAUCUCGACACCGAGGUUCUUCGGGCACUGGGUGUUUCCGAGCCCGAUAUUAUCCGCAUCAAGAAGGCCUCAAAGCCUUCUGGAGGCUCUCAUGACCAGAUACCAGUUUCAGACCGCGAGCGCAUGGAAAAGGAGGCCGAGACGCGGAACUUGCAGCUUCUGGAUGCCAUUCGCAAGAAAGAGACGCUCAAGUCAGACGAGGAGUUUGCACGAACUUUGCAGGGCCUGGAAGCACCUUUAUCUGCAAGCCGCCGUCCCACUCGGCCGCCUGGAUCCACCAUUAACCCUGAUACAUUGAGCCAAGCCAAGGAUACGCUCUUAACCGCCCAAAAACAGGCGUCGCCAAAGUCAUCGCCUCAUCCAUCUCGAUCCAACUCCACCGCCAGCGGGCUUGCCACCCUGGCCGCUGCCUCUUCAAUCAAAAACGAUCCCUGGGAUGUUCCAAAAUCCACGACCUCAAAGCCUUUGGCUCAGGCUGUGGCCGCCAAAGAUACAGCGUCUGCCCGCGACCUGGCUGCGCAAAGCGUGACUGUCUCCCGUACCCAACAGAUGGCUGCCGAGGCUGAAAAAGUGAAGGCUCAGGCCAUGGCGGCCGAGGCCGAAAAGCUCAAGGCUCAAACCGAGAGCCUCGAGAAGGCGCAGCAGACCCUCCAGGCGCUUCAAAAACAGAAUUUGCAGCUUCUUGCUCAGCAACAGCAACAGCAGCAGCAGCUCCAACAGCAGCAACAGCAAUUCCAACAACAGCAACAACAGCAACAGCUUCAGCAGCAGCAGCAGCAGCAGCUGAAGCAGCAGAUGGCCGCCCUAUCCGCUCCGCCACCGAUGCCGUCCCUGGCCACCAAACCCAUGGUGCCUCUGACAACGCCGCUGAUCCCCGCACCGCGACUCGGACAGGCACCAAUCAGUGGAUUCGUUCCAACUGGUCCUCCAAAGCCCGUGGUCGCUCCCACAACGCUGGUGGGCAAUCUUGCCCCGGCACUUCCCCUCGGAAACGCUUCGACGGCCGGUCUGGCCAUGAACACAUCCGCACCUGUUUCAAUCCUUCAGCCUCAGCACACGGGUAGCAGCACCAUCUCCAUGCCGAACAGCGCUAUCGGCAUCCCUAACUCGCUCAGCAUGGGCCAGCUUCCGUCUCUGCAGCCCCAAACAACAGGUGAUCGAUAUUCGGUUUUCAAGGACAUCAACGUCAAUGCACCGUCGGUUUUCAACCAGCCAGCGGCUCAGCUUAAUGCUGCCCUUGCACAACAAGCACCUGUCGUAUCCUCCCUUGGCCCAACUCGUCCUGGCGGCCUUCAACCCAGCACCUCCUUCAACUCCUUCGGAGGCCUGGCAAACAGUACCAGCUCGGGCAACCUAAGCUCGCUAACGGGACCAUCAGGAACGUUUGGUGGUAAUAUGCCUAGCCAGGCACUUGGUCCGAAUUUCGGUGGCAUGAAUCCCUCCAUGGUCCCCCUCAAUCCAAUCGCUCCGGGACUGAAUCGCCCUAUGACAUCAGUCGCUGGAGGCAUCAACCCCGUCGCGGUUGGAGGGAUGAACCUUGGUGUGCCAAUGGGCUCCAUCAACACAAUGCCGGGCACGAGCUCGGGCCUGCCUGCGAUGAAUCCGAUGAUGGGGGUUGUGCCUGGUACUGGUGCCAUCAAUCCGAUGAUGGGCGGAUUAAACCGAGGCUCGCUCCCGGCUCAGCCAACCAUCGGCCAGUCUGCUGGCAUGGCCGGUAUGAUGCCAAACAGCGGCCUGGCCAAUCCCGGACUGGUUGGUAUGAACCCGCGAGCACCGGGGCUCACCCCCGGUAUCGGCGUCGUGAAUCCCCAGCUCGGCGGCUUUAACCCAGCAGCCGCCGGUUUCAACCCAGCAGCCGCCGGUUUCAACCCAGCAACCGCCGGCAUGAACCCCAUGGCCCUUGGAGUCAACCCUGCCAACCCUGCCAUGAUGGGCAUGGCUCAGAAUCCCAAUGCCUUCAAUCCUGCCAUGAUGCAGAGCGGCGCAAACAUGCAUCCUGGAUUCGGCAACAACCAGUUCGGUCGCUGAUGCAGCCCAUCUAACGGUACACGACAACUCUUACCUGUAGUCAUCUUUGGACACGCUCACGACACGCUUGCUCCUCCCAUCAUGGCUAUGCUGUUGUUGAUAUGAUCAAUCGCUCAAUUUCACAGUUUGUUCGAAACGAGAAGAGACCGUUGGUCCUGAAUGUACUUCAUGUCGACCACUGGCUGUGUUUGGUUUGGAAAACACCGCCCCGAAUACACCCGGUCGAUCCUCCUGUGGCGAGACCAUGUUCCUGGCUGCA